UUCCGACAGUUUUGGCGUUCGGUUCGUUCUGAGACAAGAUGGCAGCGCCCAUAACAAGAAAUUAAUAUAAAAUGCCUUUUAUACUUAUUUGUGGGUAUCCGUCUUGUGGGAAGAGUAGACGAACUGAAGAGUUGAAAAAAUAUUUUGAAAACGAACAGAAAAAGACCGUUGUAGUAGUCAGCGAUCACAACACUGGUGUCGAUCGCAAUAAAGUAUAUGCUGACUCUAAAGAAGAGAAGAUUGUCAGAGGCAAUUUGAAGUCGUCAGUGCAAAGAAACCUGAGUAAAGAAACAAUUACCAUACUUGAUUCAUUGAAUUAUAUUAAAGGUUUCAGAUACGAGUUGUAUUGUGUAACAAAAGAGUGCCAAACAACACAGUGUGUGAUAUUCUGUGAUACCAGUAAAGAACUAGCAAGUGAAUGGAACAACAGCCGAGCUGAGAAGGAGAAGUAUAUGCAAGAAAUUUUCGAUGGCCUUGUGCAGAGAUUUGAGGAGCCAAGGUCCAAUAACCGCUGGGAUAGUCCGCUGUUUGUAAUUCAGAAGGACGAUGUGUUGCCAUUGGAUGCGAUUUCAGAUGCUCUGUUGAAGAAGAAGGCUCCGGCACCCAAUGCCUCCACGGCACCACAACCCCUCUCAUCUACCAACUUCCUGUAUGAACUGGACAAGACAACCCAGGACGUUGUGGGGGUCAUCAUGGGGUCACAGAAAACAUGUGUCCCUGGGGAUACUAUAGGCGUACCCGGAGCUACAGAUCAGCUUCAGUACACGCGACCUUUGACCCUUGCCGAGCUUCAGAGGUUGCGACGUCAGUUCAUCACGUACAUGAAGAUGCACCCCGUGUCCAACCAUGCCCAACUUACAAACAUGUUUAUACAGUACCUUAAUAAUACGCUCAAAUAAAAAUAUAUGUGUAUUUUGUAAUUAUAUUCACUAGUUAUCAAUUUUAAAGGGUAAAGAUUUACGUAUGUA